AUGGGAGAUCGACAUCCUCUCACGGAAAACGUUCAUCUGAUGAGGUCACUUGGGCAUUCAUCCGACGACGUCGCUGUUGUCGUGAACGAUGAGAAGACAAUGGGAAGAGUAAUAGUAGCAGGUGACACAUUUAUGAGACGUGAAGACCUCGACUACCCGAUGAUGUGGAAGCCGCUGAGUGCGAACGAGACGGAGCAAGCGCGAUCGAGGCGAAACCUGAUCUGUGAAGCAGCGUGGAUUAUUCCCGGCCAUGGUGCACCGUUUCCGGUCACUCGACACAUGCGUGUACAGUUUCAUUGUUGA